AUGGAUGCUAUCAAAGAUAAACCGGAGAGAACUCUGAGAUUAGUUUUUCUUCUUGCCGACACACCUAUUCCAGAAGUUGUUGAACGUUAUGGAGAUUACGGAAAACUCUUUUCGAGACUCUUGCAAAAAGCCAUUGAAAGUGGUCCAAACAAAAACUUAACGUUGAAAAUCCAAUCUUUUGAGGUUCAAAAGAUGGAGUUUCCGGAUAGGAAUGAAUUGUUGGAAACAGACGGGAUAAUUAUUUCCGGAUCUUCUGCCUCUGCGUAUGAUGAUAUUCCUUGGAUAAAUCGCCUUACAGAUUUCACAAAAUUUCUCAUUGAAAAUCAUCCCAAUGUCAAAAUAAUUGGAGUUUGUUUUGGACACCAAAUUAUUGCUAAAGCCAUGGGCGGAAAAGUGAUUAAAAAUCCUAUUGGCUGGGAGGUUGCAGUGACAGAAAUUUUACUGAACGAAGAUGGAAGAAAAUUCUUUAAUACUGAUAAAAAAUUCUUGGAUCAUGUCUGUCUCGUUCCUCCAGAUUUUACUAAUCUAGGAAGCACGGAGAUAUCUUCAAUACAAGGAAUGGUAAAAGGAAAUCAUGUUUUCACUAUUCAAGGUCACCCAGAAUUUGUUGGAGGCGUGGUCAAAGAAUUAGUUAAGCAUCGACAAAAGAAAGGUAUCUUUGACCCAGAAUUCUCCCAAAUGUGCCUGAAAGCUGCAGACCAAGACGAUGAUAGUUUAUUGAUUGGUCAGAAGUUUAUUGAAUUUUUAUUGGUAAAUAUUGGUUUUUUUGAAAGUAAAUGCGUGUCAUAA